AUGAGCUCUGGUACUGGUACUGUCCUCUGUCAAAGCACGAACUGCCUCAAUGGCAAACCCCCCUCAACUCUCGCUUGUCCUACCUGCACUAAGUUGGGCAUUAAGGGUUCCAUGUUCUGUAACCAGGAAUGCUUCAAAGCCAACUGUUCGUGGUCUUCCGCUUACCACAUGACGGCCGCAGACGGCACCUACAACCCUUUCCCGUCUUUCCGUUUCACCGGCGAACUGAGACCGGUGUAUCCUCUGUCUCCGAAACGUCAAGUGCCUGCGCAUAUACCAAGGCCUGAAUAUGCGGAAACGGGUGUGCCAACCAUGGAAAUCAGGAAGGCCAGUUCACCCCCUCGCAUCCUUAGCACAGAGGAGCAGGAAAAGAUGCGGAUAGUUUGUCGGAUGGGACGGGAAAUCCUCGAUAUUGCUGCCUCGCAUGUCCGCCCUGGUGUGACCACCGAUUUCAUCGAUGAAAUUGUGCACAACGCGACUAUAGAGCGCAACGCCUACCCAUCUCCCCUUGGCUAUCGUGAAUAUCCAAAAUCCGUGUGCACGUCCGUCAAUGAAGUGAUCUGUCAUGGAAUCCCCGACCAGCGGGAGCUUGUAGAGGGAGACAUAAUAAACAUUGAUGUUUCCGUAUAUUACGAUGGCUUUCACGCCGACCUCAAUGAAACGUAUCCUGUCGGAAAAGUGGAUGCAGAUUCCGUGAAGCUCAUGCGGACAACUCGCCGGUCGCUCGACGAAGCUAUUAAACUCUGUAAUCCGGGUGCAUUGUUCCGAGAUAUCGGAAAGGCAAUAGAGCCUGUCGCUCGGGCAAAUCAAUGCGCAGUAGUACGGCAAUAUACCGGGCACGGUGUCAAUGAGCUGUUCCACGCAACUCCCAACAUUCCACACUAUGCAAAGAACAAGGCCGCUGGGACGAUGAAGCCAGGAAUGUGUUUCACGAUUGAGCCGAUGCUCAACCUCGGUACAAACUGGGACGUCUAUCAUUGGCCGGAUAACUGGACUGCUACCACAGUUGACGGGAAAAGAAGCGCUCAGUUUGAGGAAACCUUGUUGAUAACGGAGACGGGCGUGGAAGUGCUGACGGCUGGGAAACCACGAGAGGAUCUUGUUUGA